AUGCUCCUCCCAACCUCCCUCCUAACCUUCCUCCACCUCGCCCUCCCAGCCCUCUGCCACGCCUCCCCCCAACCCCCGCUAAUAACCACCGACUGGGAGCAAUCCCUCGUGCCGCGGCACACUCUCUUCCUCCGCCAAGUCUCCGACUUGCAAACCUUUACCAGCGCCCUAGGCGGCACAAAAGCGUCGCCGAUUACGAAUUCCGGGGAUGCGAAACGGCCGUUUAAAGUCGAUGGGGAUACGUUUACGGAUUUUGAGACGGCGGCGCAGAGGAGUUGUGAUAAUCAGUUUCAGGGGUGUAGUCGGGCUGCGAAUGGGGGUGGUGGUGGGGGGGGGAAGAAACCGAGAGCGGUGAGGAGACAGCAGGAUGGUGGGAAUAAUAACAAUGGGAGUAACAAUGGUAAUAACAAUAACGACAAUAAGGAUAAGUUGACUGUCAAUCAGUGCGAUGAACAGAAGAACAAAUGCAAUGCCGCACAAAAGUCCGCUCCAGUUAAAGACUUCAACUCUGCUGUUGCAAGCACAAAUAUCGGACCGGAUCCGGAUUUUCCAGACUUUGACCUCAUCUGCGAAGGCUGA